AUUGAUGCACUCAUGCUGAAUAAUAACCAAAUAAUGUAGUGCAUAUUUUGUGGGUCUGUUGAGCAUUUUAGAGUGUGUUAUAAUACAUGGUGCACAUGAUGUACUUUAAAAGAAUUAACAUUCCUAAUAAUUACCGGUACUAAUGAUAUACAUAUUUGAUUAAUAGUGUACAUGUCCAGAAAGUUUUGUAUUUUUUGAAAACAUGAAAUUGAAAAUUUCAUGGUAGUCUUCAAAACAAUGCAUAAUUAGGUUUCUUUUAAAUGACAGACAAGUGAGCUUAUCUGAGUUCAAGAAAGUUUGGUUGGAACAAACACCACACAUCCUGAUUAUGAAGCCAGCUACUGAUCUGUGUCCCAAAUGCCAGAGAUAUGUUCAUAACAUCAGUAAUGCAGGGAACCUGUCAGAAGAGGAAAAGAAAACCAUGCUGGAUGAGUACACGUGUCACCUGGACAAAGCCAAGCAACAGAGAGAAUACUACAGAGAAAGGUGUCUACUGUCCAAAGAACUGUUUCAAACGCAUGACUUAAAUCAAACUGAAAGAGGUAAGUUUCUUCUUGAUUUCUUUCAUCACAUACACCAUUUAAUUGUGUUUGGUAAAGGUAAAUAAAUGUUUUCAUAAAUUGGUUCCAUGCAUACAGUCAAAUUAAUAUUAUUUAUUACUCACUCCUGAUUGAAGAUGAUAGUCUACACCAAGUAAUUAAUGUACAAAAUUCAAGAUAUUGUAAAUGGUCAUGGAUAGUUGCACGAGAACUACUCAGCAACAAAAAUCUUUGUGAGCAAUAUGUUGCAUAAAUUCAGGCAUCAUGCACAAGAGGUGGGGCCUCUGUUCUUCAAAACCCCCAGAAAAUGCCAGGCUUUUGGUGUGUGUGCAGAGGGAGCAGGUGAGCAAGUAUUCUAUCUGGUGGAUGAGGCUGAGGAGGUAGGCAAGGGAGCCAAUACUGUGGUGAGCCUAUUACAUCACUUCUUUGAGCAUUGGGGAUAUGGAGAGAAGGAUGCUGUGCUGCAGAUGGACAGUUGUGCCAGACAAAACAAAAACAACACAAUGAUAAGAUAUGGCAUGUGGAGGAUAAUGACAGGUCGUCAUCGCAGCAUAGAGUUUUCCUUGAUGGAAGCUGGACAUACAAAAUUUAGUCCAGACAGGCAUUUUGGCCUCUGGAAGAUGAAGUGGAGACAUUCUACAGCAGAAACUCUUGAUGAGGUAGCAGAAUCAGUGAGGCGCUCCUCAAGAAAUGGCCACAACAUACCCCAGCUCAUCAACGAUGCUGAGAAGCUGGUCUCCUUCUAUGACUGGACGAGUUUCUUUGAAGCUUUCUUCAAGAAACUACUAUCCAUCUCUAAAUUCCACCAUUUCAGAAUGUCUGAAGAAAGUCCAGGAGUUGUGUUUGUCAAGGCUUAUCGUAGCUCUGCAGAGAAACCCAUCAACAUUUUGAAGAAAGGACAGCAACUACCUAAUGUUGACACCCUGCCAUCCGUGAUUACACCCAAGGGUCUUGAUGCUGCCAGACAGUGGUAUCUUUAUGAUGAAAUCAGACCAUUCUGCAGGGAUACUUCAGAUAGUCUACAGUCUUGCCCUAAGCCUGUGUGUCCAAAACCUCGUGUCAAAAUAGACCCAGAGAAAAGAAAAUGUCCAAAGCAGUUUGCCUCUCCUGAGAUGUGAAAUUUUAGGUGUAUUGUGUACUGUAAUGUGCAGUGUCAUAAUAUACAUAUUUAUGUAUAAUAUAAUUCAUAUAUUAUAUAAAUUGCAGUAUUUGAAAUUAUUUGUACAUGUAUGUAGUUUUUAGGUAAAAUUAUUUGUUAAUUACUAGUAUUACCUUUAUUAGAUAGUAAUAAUUGUGUGAUGUUUCAAAAUGAUAAGCCGUAAAGUUCUGUUUUUAGACAACUAUAUUACAUGUAAAAAGCUAAUGUACAACUUCUCAAAUCAUGACCUUUUUGCACUAAACUUUGAUAGAAAAUGAUGCCAUUAUAUUCAAUUUUGAUCACAAAAUAUUUUAAAUGAAUAAAUCUUUGGUUUUUUUUUACUAUUUAAUAACUUUGUAUUUAUCUUCUAGAUUACUUUUCCAUAUUUGACUUUUCUUCCAAUUUUCAAUGCAUUGUGAGAAAUUGCUUAAAACAUGUCUCAUUUUUGCAGCGUCAUAGCUCCUGAAAUAAAAGGAGAUGAAUUCUAAUAUUUGGUAUUUUUAUUUAUUUAUACCAAAGCAACAUAAAAAUGCAAAAAUCUCAAUUUGUUGGAAAAACUCAAUAAACCUGGU